AUGGCGGAAGAACAGAGGGUAAAUUGGCUGUUAAUCUCAUCUAAUGGCGAAUUAGCUUCCGAUUUGGAUAGUAACUGUAACUCGAAACCGUCAACAAUGGUGAGAUUUGAGUUGGUCGUAAAACAACCGAGCGCGGGAAAGAGUGAAGCAUUAAAUUUGGAAAAGAUAAAAUCAAGAGUAAAUACAGAUCAAGACCAAUGCACAUUUGUUUUCGCCUAUCCAUCGCGAAAUAUAGUCGGUAGCGACGGUGAGACGGUAGAAGUUCGCAUUCCGACAGAUUAUGUGACUUUAACGCAUGUUUCUACGAAACCCAUUUGGAAUUUAUACAACUGUUAA